CCGUGUUGCUUUAAGUGCGGCCUUGAGGCCGAUGCUCGGUGUUUGCGGACGGGAAGGGGAAAAAAAUCCAAAACGCAGACUGCAGCUUCUCUAGAGAUCGGACAACUUUCGGCGGGUCGUUGGACGCGCGUGCGCGCAGCCCCGGCAGGAGGGGACUGGGCGCGGAGCCGCCCUCAGCCUCAGCGGCCGGAGAGAGGAGAUCCUCGCGCUCUGUCGCCUGCUCGGAGGAUUUGAACGGGCUCCACCAGGCCGUUACCCUGUCCCGGGAUGGUGGCGCCACGAGCCUGUCUGACUAAAGCGUUCUCCUAUUUCCCCUUCCUGCUGGUUCUUAUUGAUCUACAGUACGAAGGAAUAGAAGGUGGUAUAAAUGCUGAAGUUGAAAAGCACCUCGAAAUGGGGAAGAAACUGCUGGCUGCAGGACAGUUAGCAGAUGCAUUGUCUCAUUUUCAUGCUGCUGUAGAUGGGGAUCCAGAUAACUAUAUUGCCUAUUAUAGACGAGCUACAGUCUAUCUGGCUAUGGGUAAAUCAAAAUCUGCUCUCCCAGACCUAAGUAAGGUUAUUGAGCUCAAACCAGACUUCACAUCUGCUAGAUUACAGAGGGGACAUUUGCUGCUAAAACAAGGGAAGUUGGAUGAAGCAGAGGAAGACUUUAAGAAAGUGCUAAAAUCUAACCCCAAUGAGAAAGAAGAAAACGAAGCAAAAUCACAAUUAAUUAAAGCAGAUGAAUUACAACGGAUUGUUAUGCAAGCACGAACUGCGUAUGAACACCAGGAUUACACAGCAGCAAUCGAAUUCCUAGACACUCUUAUUGAGACAUGUGUUUGGGAUUCUGAAUUGAGAGAACUCCGGGCAGAAUGCUACAUACAGAUUGAUGAAAGUGGCAAAGCAAUAAGUGACUUGAAAGCAGCAUCAAAACUUAAACAUGACAACACUGAAGCAUUCUACAAAAUCAGUAUAAUCUAUUAUCAACUUGGAGACCAUGAAAUGUCUCUUAGUGAAAUUCGGGAAUGCCUGAAAUUGGAUCCAGAUCACAAACUCUGUUUUGCCCACUAUAAGCAAGUGAAAAAACUCAACAAGCAGCUGGCAACUGGAGAAGACCUCAUUAAACAAGAAAAGUACUCUGAUGCUGUCAGUAAAUAUGAAUCUGCUAUGAAAACUGAGCCAAAUGUUCUUCAGUACACUUUGUAUGCAAAGGAAAGAAUUUGUCAUUGUUUAUCAAAGAACCAACAAGCAAAAGAAGCCAUCAAAACCUGCACAGAAGUAUUGGACCAGGAUGUCAGCAAUAUAAACGCGUUGAAAGACCGAGCAGAAGCUUAUAUUUUAGAGGAACAGUAUGAAGAAGCAAUCAAAGACUAUGAAAUUGCAAGAGACCACAGUGACAAUGAUCAAGGAAUAAAGGAAGGGCUGGAAAGAGCUCAGAAACUUCUAAAACAGUCACAGAAGAAAGACUACUACAAAAUAUUGGGAGUGAAAAGAAAUGCCAAAAAACGGGAGAUUAUAAAAGCAUACAGAAAGCUAGCAAUGCAGUGGCAUCCUGAUAACUUCCAGGAAGAAAAUGAGAAGAAGCAAGCAGAAAAAAAAUUCAUAGAUAUAGCAGCUGCUAAAGAAGUGCUCACUGAUCCAGAAAUGAGGAAGAAAUUUGAUUCGGGGGAGGAUCCCCUGGAUCCAGAAAAUCAGCAAGGCGGAGGUGGUCAUCACUUUCACAGAUCCUGGAACCAAUGGCAAGGAUUCAAUCCUUUUGGCUCAGGAGGACCUUUUAAUUUUAAAUUCCACUUUAACUAAGUUUUGAGUAUUGGCUACUCAUUUCUAGAAAGACUUCAUGGAACAGAAAUAUUGAAUGUGAUGCCAGAAACCAAGAUCUAAAGGAUUAAACAGCAUAACUUUCUUGUUCAGCCAAAAAUGUUCAGAAUAGUAUUUUUCACACACAGGACAGUUUUGAAAUAUUUUCCUUAAAAUACGAAAUGCAUUGUACACUUAUAAUAAAGCAAAUUGCCUUAAAAUGUGAUCCCAUUGAAAAUAAUUUAUUCCCCAAAAUAUUGUCUUAAUUUGUGCGGGUGAUUUGAAAGUCCUUGGCUUCUAAGAUAAACAGCAAAUCAUCUAGUAAUAAUGGAAAUUUUGUAUCAUUUAAAAUUGGCCUAAGGACUUUUUGAAUAAUGCCCCUCUCAAUAGAAUGAGCACGGUUUAGUGGCAUACAAUGGCACUUAUCUGACCUCAUUACUAUUCAUAUUGUGGGAUUGUUUCAAACUCAUGGAAGUAGAACUUGUACUUAAAACAAAAUAUUCCAGUAUUCAUCCCGUCAUGGAACACGUUUUAGACACAUUAAAAAUGUCCUAUUCACUGUUCGGUCCAAUUAAUCCACUCGUAACUUGAUGCUUUAAGGACACUGGAAUGGUUUAAAACUUCUAUACAAAAGAAAAGGAUUAUUCCCUUAGCAAAUGAUCAUCUGGAUAUACUGUAGUGGAACUUUUUUUAUAAUUUUGGUAGAAAUCUGGGAAUUUCAAUAUUUGAAAUGGUGCUCAUGCUGUAAUUCUAUAUGGAGUUUAACCCUUACACGCACAUGGCAUUUACCUGCAGCAAAUGCGAUCAUCUUCAGACUUCUCAAUAGUGCACAUUUCUUUCAAAAAUGAAUUUUUGUACUUUGCCACUUUAAAGAUUGAAACCCUGGCUUGGCUAGCAUUAAAAUCUGCCCCAUCUCAGUUAUGACAUUCAUUUUUUACAUAAACUGGACAUUUAUCUCCUUUGAGAUAAAGUGCCCAGUUCUUAGUCUAUACAUGUGGCUUAUUUGCUGCUGGAGUGACAUUUCUGGUUACGUAACCAACCUUUUCAAUUUUUGAAGAUAAGUAGAUUAUUUUAAAGUACACUAUUUAAAAGCAGCCGUUUUAAAUUUGCUAUAAAGGGUUCCCCUUGUUAAUGAUAGAUUAAAAAAAACUAGCAAAACACCCUUGAGAUUAUUUUUCUAUCAUAGUAAUGUAUUAGGAAACUUAAAUUUACAUGUGUAUCUUUUUUGUAGACUGUACAAGGUUGUUGAGUAUGUGAAAUAUUCUGAAUGCAAGCUUUGCACUAGGUUGUUGAUUUGGAUAUAGCUUGAGACAAAUAUGAAAGAAAGGAUUGUCAUUUUACAUUACCUUUGGGCAGAAAGCCCAUGCUACUAGAUCCAUUGUAUCUAAAAAGUAUUGGUUAAGGGAUCUUAGAACUGCAUACUAAUAACAUUCUGCAUUUCUUGCUCCUGAAAUAACUAGCCCACUUUUGAUGUGCUGGGGUUAACGUCAGGUAUUUUUGUCUUGUUUAGCAACCAUAUAAAAACAGAAUACGCUCUUUUAUGUUCAGGUGAACACCAAACUGACAUUUUGACAUCUGGUAUUAGACUUGCCUGCUUAUCGUGAAAGAUGAGCUUAAAAUUAAUUUAAGACCUUAUAGUAAGCUGUCAAUGCAAAUGAUUUGAUAUCUAGCAUCGGACUAGUAUUCCAUUCAUGUCAUUUUGAAGGACAAUAAACAUAUACUUUGUUUGCAGAACAAGGGUAAUGUGGGUGAUUUCCCCAAGCACAUACUGACAUUUGGAAAUAAAAAUAUUAAUUGCUGGAAAUACUCCAAGUUAGGCAGUAUUUGUGGAGAGAGAAGCAGUGUUAACAUUUCAUUAGAACCUGAAAUGCUAAUUCUGUUCUCCACAAAUGUUACCUGAUCACCGGAGUGUUUCCAGUAUUUUCUGUUCCUUUCGGAUAUUCAGUAUCUACAGUAUUUUGCUUCUAACAUUGGGGAACUUCUUUUGCUGCCAUCAGCACAUGUACAAAAUUUGUGGGCGAUUGUCCAGUUUUAUUUUGAUCUAUGCUGGUGGCAGCUGAGUUUCCUCAUUGCCACUCCGUACUCAAGGAUGUGUCAAUUGUAUGGCAGUAUAGCUUAUUACAAAGUUGAUUAAAGGAUUUUUGUUUUUGUCUUGUGUCAUAAUGUUCUUUUUUCACCUGGAAAUAGUACGCUUUGUGGCAGUGAAGUACUCCAUCUGAUGGCAUGUUGGAAUUGUCAAGACCUCCCAUCUAGGUUACUGGAUUUUAAAUGCCCAUGUUGGUUAAGCAUGGAUUUAAGCUUGAAUCCUUUGAGACCUUACGUUUUAUAGAUCAUUGGGGGGAUCAGAUAUCAACUGGCACGCAAAUAUCAUUAUUUUAAACUAAACUUUUAAAUUUAUUAUUUUUGGGGGAAAAUAUAAAAACUUCAUUCCAUUAGGUAAAAUUGUGCCAACUACAUAGUCAUCACAUUGUCGAGUUAUUUCCUAGAUUAAUGUUGCUAAGAAUGGGGAAUUCCACUCGGUUUAAAACCGUUUUCUGUACAGAAAGGUUUGCAGAGUGAAUGGCCAGAUUUACGAUGUGUACAACUCAAUUCUGAAUGUCUGCAACAAAACACCAUUUCCUGCAAACAAUUUUAGUAUGUAGAUGAGUAUGAAGUAGACUUGCAGUACAAACAUGCCUCAUGAUUUUGCACUUGAAAUGUAAUUUUACUAUUUGUACUUGCACUCUGUUCUGAAAUUUGGGACUAUUUUUAUAUUUCCAUGAAGUAUCAAAAUUGUAAAUAAAGUAUAUCAGUUAUGAUUAA